AUGGGGAGAGCGCGAGAGCGUCCGAAGAAUCCGGUGUCGCCGUCGUCUGACCCUGAAUAUUCUCCGCGCAAUGUUUCUAUGGUUGUGGCAAACAUCUCUGCACACCAAAGGUCUCUGAGUCAACAAGCUAGUACAAGUAAAUUGGAGGAAGAGGCGGUUGAAGUAGUAGCUGAAUCUGCUGAAACCCUAAGCCCAAAAUCUGAUAAUCUUCUGCAUCUUCCUCUGUACCUUUGGGGGGAUAAAAGCUUGAACAAGAUUGGAAAUACUCUUGGUAAUCCUAUUGUCACUGAUGAGUGUACAACUAAUAGGCUUCGAGUAUCCUAUGCUAGAAUUUUGGUGGAAAUGAAUAUAACGAAGGAGCUUCCUAAGGUCAUUACUAUCAGAGAUCAAGAUGGAGAAAAAAUGCUGCGACCUAUUGAGUAUGAGUGGAUGCCUCUCUUCUGUGGGAAAUGCCAAAAUAUUGGUCACAACUGUGACAAAUCUAAACCUAAAACUAUGCAAUGGAAGCCAAAAUCCAGCCCUAUUGAGGAGAUAAAAGUUCCAAUUAUGGUGCAAGACAAAAACAAAGUGAUUGAGAAAGAAUUGGCUAUGGAGCAUGCUUCUGAUGUGGAUCAAAAUUGGAUAGCAAUUAAUAAAAGUGGUAAGGAUAGGGGCAAGAAACAUAUUCAAGGUAUCUCUCAAGAUCUUAAGCUUGUUUGUGGAAAUGGAUUUGAUGCUCUAGGGAUUUUAAAUGACCUCCUAGAGUUUCAAAAUAAUGAUCAAUGA